AUUGCUAAUUAUACAAAUUUUAUAGUUUAAAUGAAAACUUUAGUUAUAAACGCUAUUAUAAGAUACAAGUAUUUAGUUCAGCUAAUAACCUUUGAAUAUUUUUUUUAUUUAAAAUUACAAAUAUUUAAUCAAUACGUGAGUCGUGACUAGUCAGAUAUCUGAGCGGCAUUGUAAUGUCCGCAACCGAGCCCGCCGCAUUCCCCACAGAAGAUGUUUAAAUGCAUUUGGAAGACUACAUUAUUCUUUUUAAUAUGGCUGUGCAAUGACGUGGCAUCCAAAAGGAACCAUACACUGAAACCACGAGUGGUGUUACCAGAGACUUAUGUUAAAGAAAUGAGGCCUCCAUCUCGAAAAGGCACACCAGUGACGGUGGAGUUCAGUAUAUAUGUGGUUGAUGUUAAUUCCAUUAAUGUGGAAGAUAUGGAUUUUAGAGUGGACAUGUUUAUCAGACAGACUUGGUUAGAGAGCAGACUGCAGCUCCCUGAUGACAUCUUCGAGGAGGGUGACGACCACGUGACGUUACCGCCCGAGUUCUUCGACAAUCUGUGGCACCCAGACCCUUACUUCCUUAACUCCAAAGUGACAGGAGGGGACUGUCACUUUUGUCAUCAGUCAGCUGAGAUUGCAGAGCUGACCCACAAGUUUUCAUCAGUGACUCUCUACAGGAACCAAACGGUGCGAUACGCAGCUCGAAUGCACGCUAUCAUCGCUUGCCAGAUGGAAUUUCAACUCUACCCCAUGGACAUACAGUCAUGUCCUAUUUAUAUAGAAAGCUUUUCAUAUAGCAAUCAAAAGGUGCGAUUCAAAUGGAGCGAAGCAGGGGUCACUAUUAACCCGGAACUCAAACUGCUGCAGUACCACAUCGGGGAACCGCUGAGGCUUGAAGAGACUAAUGGAUUGAUGAUUGAUAAAGAGGGAAAUUUCUCAAGACUAGUAGUGUACUUCAGGUUCGAGCGGCAAAUCGGUCACCAUCUCAUCCAGACCUUCGCGCCUUCGUCUCUUGUCGUCAUGCUCUCUUGGUUCAGCUUUUGGCUGGAUCUAGAUGCUGUGCCAGGUCGAGUGACCUUGCUGGUUACUUGUAUGUUGACGCUCGUCACCAUGUUCACGGGGUUGAGAGCGGAUAUACCACCAGUCGCGUAUGUUAAGGCACUUGACCUCUGGAUGGCUGGGUGUAUGAUGUUCGUAUUCUCCGCGCUCGGAGAGUUUGUGGUGGUCAAAGUUCUAGAUAAGCAGUACCAGAUGAAUAAAUCAAAAGCACAAGAAAACAUGCCCAGAAUCAUACCUGUGCGCAUCAACGGUGAGAAAGGUUCAUGUGGAACCGUAGCAGCUUGGGAGGGUUCAGGCGUUAGGUGUCGAAAGGUUGACUUGACGUCCCCCGCCUCUCCGCAAGGCGCAACCCCCACCGUCCACUCGCCCGCUGCGCCCACUCAUCUAGUUGGAGUGGAACGACGGCAGAGUAUAUUACAAGUCGCUUGGUUAGAUGCAGACACUGGUCAAGAAAGGGUGCUAUGGCGCGAAAUAGACAAGCUGUCACGAGUGGUGUUUCCCGCCUUAUUUCUUCUGUUCGUCACCAUGUACUGGCCAGUACUUCUACUGAAAACUAAAAGCUCUUCGUACUGAAUUUAUAAAGUUCAAAUCUGGCUUUGAUUGAAUUUAUAUUGCCAUUUGUCAACAUUUUUAUAGAAUGGUAGACUUAGGCGUAUUUCACAAAAUAAAUAAAUUAAUGCUGUGGACAUUCCAAAUGAUAGAUAGUAUGUAAUAUGAAUUUGAUGAUAAUUUGUUACUCGAAUGUUUUAUUACAGAUUUAAGAAAAUGAAUAGACGACUUUAAUUUUAACUUAUAUUAAUAAAAAUUGAUUAAAAUCAAAAUUCGUCCAAAUUGAAUGGAUAAACUAGAAUU